AUGGCUCCUCUUGAGAUGGAACAGGUUGCGACCAUCAGCCACUCGGCCCAGACGCAGUGCAACACGCCGGUUGCGUCGGGUCAAACCCUGCCUGCUGGAUUCCCCAGCGUCCUUGGCUCGCCCAUGAGCUGGCUGGGCAGCCAGUACGCGGAUGCUAGUUCGUACGCCGUGCUGCUGAGCUCCGAGGACCUGGCCGAGCUUCAGAAUGCGCUGCUGCAGUUCAAGUCUCUCGAGCUGGACGGAGACUUGGUCGACAGGACCAACUUCCCUCUGCCCACGCUCUCCAAGAAGCUCAAGGCCAUGCAGCACGAGGUCUACAACGGCCGCGGAUUCGCGCUCCUGCGCGGCCUCGACGUCAACCAGUACUCGGUGGACGACUUGACAAUCAUUUACCUGGGCAUCCAGUGCUACAUUGGAAACCGGUUUGGUCGCCAGGACAAAAAGGGCAACAUGAUUGUACACAUUGUUGCGGACAACUCGUCGCCGAUCAACGCCAACCACCACCGCCACUCUACCGCGCCCAUUGCAGUAGCUGACAAGAACAAGACGUUUCACAACGAGGAGUCGGGCGAUGUCAUCAGUUGGCUCACGCGAAGCACGGCUGCCUCGGGCGGCAAGUGCAUCAUUGCGUCUGCCCACACCAUCUACAACAUCCUCGCCGCGACCCGUCCGGACCUGAUCCGCGUCCUCGCCCGUUCCGACUGGCCCUUUGCCCUCCCCAAGUUCCACUGCCGCCCCGUGCUGCAGCACCACGAGGGCAGGAUGAUGCUCAACUUUGGCCGGGCGGCGCUCCUCGGCAGCGCGAGCCACCCGCGGCCGGCGACGCUCCCCGCGCUGUCGGCGCUGCAGGUCGAGGCCCUCGACGCCAUCGAGGCCGUGGCGCGCGCCACGCAGCUCGAGAUGACCACGGCCGCCGGCGACGUGCACUUUGUCAACAACUUUGCCGUGCUGCACCGCCGCGAGGGCUUCGUCGACGGGCCCGCCGCGCGCGAGAAGCGACACCUCGUCCGCAUGCGCCUGCGCGACGACGACCUCGGCUGGGCCGUCCCCGACGCCCUCCGCGACGAGUGGGCGCAGGCGUUUGGCGACGCCGGCGCCAAGGUCUGGCACGUCGAGCCCAUGCCCGAAGGCUUCUUUCCUCUGCGCCUCCAGGCCAACUAA